AUGAAACUCCCGGCGAUUAGCGUCUGCAGCAGGAACUACGUCAAACAGGCCAACCUCACGGAUGCUGAGAAGGACGUCUUGAUGUCUCCAUAUGUGUACAAUUUGUUCAACAACGCAACUGGCAUGGAAUAUUCAAAGGCUGACGCGAACGCUGCACGCAAUGCUCCGUAUGGUUGGGGGAUAAAGAAGGAAGAUUUUAUCUUGAAAGCGACCAUCCGCAAACGUGAAGUCGAUGUUGCUGCUGAGUUUUGGAGUCGAUGUUUUGUGUUUAACGGUGUAAAAGAUGGCGACACUGGAGGGGAGUUAACUCUCGGACAUGGCGAGCACUUACAUAUGUUCAUGAAUGUUGACCAGGGUCGGUAUCUCGUACGCGACACAACAGCCGGAGUUAAUUACAAGUUUCUACCCAGGCCGUACAAGUCGUUUGGUGAUGAGAGCUGCGUGGACACCCAAGAAACCUUGGCUAUCAAGGAGCUGCGGUGGCACAGCAAGUACACGUGGUGGUCUUGUGUGGAGGAGUGUAUCGUCCAGGAAACUGUUCAUGUCUGCAAGUGUCGAUCAGACUCGAGUAUCCCGGAUGAGUUUGUCAAUGAGAAGACGUGGAAGCUGGCCAACCUUCUCAACGGGUCAGCGUGUCAGUGUCCGCAGCCCUGUCAGUUUGUCCAGUAUGACCUGAGGACCUCACUCGCCGCCUUCCCCAACCUCAUGUUAGCGGAGUCAUUGGUCAGAAAGGGCAAUGCUGAAUCCUGCGAAAAAAUGAGGUUAAUAAACCAUAGCGUGACUGACAGAGAGAGCGAGUAUGGUAUAAGAUAA